AUGGCGACUGACAUGAGUGCGAGCGCCAUCGGUGGCGUAAGUGCAGGUACCGGUGACCUGGCCGCAGGGAACAGUGGUCGACCCGAAAAUGCGUACGAAAAGCUUUCACGAGAAGUUCACCAGAUGCAGAUCACAGGUGCCAUCCACACUGAUUGGCUAGAAAACCCCAAAGGCUUUUUACUGAAACCUGACUUUAAGCGUAAAGCGCAACAUGUGGGAGCUGGUGGCAAGAAACUUAAUAGCUCACGGGUCUUAAGACUGCAUCUACCGGGUAAUUCAUACAGAGUUCGAUGGUUUGUGCUUGAUGGAAUGAUAUUACGAUACUUUAAAACAAGCACAGAAGAACAGGAGCUCGGCGCAAUUCACUUGACAUCCGUCAAUGCAGUGUUGCCUUCCAGUGUAGCAGACGCUCCCGAACAUGCUCUUGAUUUGGUGUGUGCGGAUCGAAUCUAUACUGUAGCGGGAAAUGAUCGAGAGGAUAUGGUUCGGUGGGCAACAGUGUUGACAUUGGUGUUGCGUGGAGAGUACAAGCCAAAGCUUAUGCUGAGACCAGAGUCGUCCAUUAUUCGAGGAAGUUCAAUGAUUCCACGACCGAGUGCAGUGGCCAGAAAGACAGCUUUGACGCAAGCAUCGAGGUUCACAGAUGCUAAUGGUAUGCGUAUGACGGGCACUUUGAUAGGUGAUGGAGACUCAAAGAACCAGGGAGAUGACGAUGUGAAAGAAAAAAUUAUCACAGUCACAUUUGAUCAGCCAGGGCCGUUGCAUUUGAUUUUGAGAGGCACAGUGGAUGACGAGGUUAUGGUGUGCGGCUUUCAAGACGGCUCUGGAUCUAAUGAACUUGGACCAGCUGAAGCCUCUGGUGUCAUUCGCGUUGGUGAUCAUUUGAUUUCAAUUAACAAUCACUACUUUACGAACAUUGAAUUUCAGCAAGCAGUUGAUCUGAUUCGAGCUGCUGGUCGGCCACUCACGUUGCGAUUUUCGCGAGUUGACUUUCAAACGGCGUCUAGUGCAGACACUAGUCGCGUUGCAGAAGGUUGGGUACUUUCAAAAGAGCCGUCGGCACAUCGAUAUCGGAUUCGUAUGCUGCAACUACAGGAUGACAAGGUCAAGUUAUACAAGCCAAGUAUGCAGGGCGGACGUGUCGAUGAACCGUGUUUAGUCAUUCGUAUGGAGCAAGUUACAGAUAUUCGUCCAACUAACGAUAUGCGCGAAGUGGUGACGGCAUGUACGCAGUGCCAUCCAAAGCAGUGGGGUGUAACGCUUGAAGGAUCCCAAAGUAUCUUCACUUUUUAUACCAAAAACCGAGACGAUAUGGCGCAGUGGGUUGAUUUGCUUAAAAAUUCGCCAUUGUUUUCACAGAAAUCAACGAGAUUGUCCAUUCCGGUACACCCCGUUGCUGUUGUGGAGUUUGAUCCUGUACUCGAGCCUAAAGUGGUCUUACAGGAUGAUGUCGGAAAGGUGGGCGACUUGCUGCCAACGUUUUCGCGCCUUCGCUUUCUAUUGCUUGAAGACGGCAAGAUGAUGUAUUACGUGAAUGAGAAAUCAGCUGCUACUCGCACGCGUCCGAUUGGAACUAUACGCUGCGACAAUAUUGUUAGCAUUGUGCCAAGUCAAGUAACUGAACAUACUUCACAAAAAAGUGCCCCGACAUCCAAAAUUCCAUCAAAUGAAGAAUUGACAGAGAAAAUGAUGCCAUGGCGUCUCGAGCUUGGCAUCCUUGUUCAAACCUCAUCGCAAAAAUAUCGUCGUCCGUUCGUCAUGUGUUUUAGUACGCAAGAAAAAAUGAUGAAAUGGGGAGUAUCAAUUAGCAAAGAGGCCAAACGCUUGACUGGGCAAGAGUAUGAUCUGUCGUCGAUCAGUCGCCGUGCUUCUCGAAGUAAUAGCCAAACAUUCGCAUCCCGUCAAUAUGAGACGCCAAUGACUCGUCCAACGAUUUCGCGAUUAAUAUUAAACCCAGCCAAGUAUACUGAUCCCAAUGUGCUUGAGUCAUCGCGUCUGUAUCGAAGUUUAAAGGAUGUUACGCUUAAGGCCGCUACACGUGGGUGGUUUUUUGUGAAGAAGCCGCGCAGUGUGGGUUUGAGUGCGUAUCAUCCGCGAUUUCUUGUGCUGAUCGAUAAUCAGCUGAUGUUCUUCAAAUAUGAGGUACUUGAGGAAGAAAGCUUACAUUCCUAUGCUAGCAUGCUGGAUCUUCGCAAUGUCAAAGAUGUGAGGGAAGCUGAGUCUGGCUUUCAAGAAAAUCUUGACUUUUCUAUUCAAUUGAGCACAGCAAACGGCAUUCUUUGGAUGUUGGUAGCUGAAAGUUAUGAGCAGAAAGAAGCUUGGUUGUCAGCUUUGAUUUGGCUAUCCGACUACUACUACCGAGCAUCUGACAACGAUGACGAUAACACUACAGCCAUGGGUGAUGCAAAGCGGAUUGCGCAAAACACUACUGGAAUCAUGGUAACGAUCCCCGAGUUUGAAAGACCCGACGCCAUUAGUAGCCAGGAUGUCGAAUCAAAGGAAGCGGAUCGAUUUGCGGCGGCAGGACUUACCAAAGAUCGGAUGUCAAUCACAAAUUUUGGCGCCAUGCUUUCAGAUGAUUUCACGGGUAUCGGUGGCGAGAUUCAAAUUGCUGGUAAAAGAGUCUACGCUGCAAUUUCCAGUGGUGUCUUCCGUUACUACGAAUCGCAAAGCGAUUUUGAAAGCGAGUGGGGAGACGCCAUAGAUGCUAUCUCUCUUAAAGAGAUCGAAGAGGUGCAUUCGGAAGGCCUGGACUUAGGCAGCUUUGUGGUCAAAGUACAUGGUGAAAAGGAAGUGCGAAUGAUUGCAGAAAAUGCCAAGUUAGCAAAGCGCUGGAUGCUGGUCAUGUGCUGCUGUGGCGACCUAGUGCUGAAAAAGGCUCCGCAUGCCGAUUACUACGCCAGCACCAAGCCAAAGGAGGCGUGGAUUUGGAAGCUCGAUCGAUUAUACCAAAUUUUUCGUCGUCGCUAUUUCUCCUUGCGUAACCACCAAAUAGUCUUCUUUACGGAACAGGGAGGUCGUAUGCUUGGUGUGAUAUCGCUGCCUUGCAUAUUUCACCUUCAAAUGUCAAAAGUAUGGACGCGCAGUAAGGACGAAGCAGAUUUUUACCAGCUUGAAGUCAGUUUUGCUGUCCCAACAAUGGCAGAGGAAAGCUCGCGCACGGAUCAGAUUGGUGAUUUUUACGCUUUUCUUUUGGCUUUUGAUACUGAAGAUCAGCUAAAAGAAUGGGCAAACGCGAUUUACGACUGCUGCACGAACUCGAUGUCGCUGAAAGGUAACGCGACUCUGACACCUCUGGGCGAAAUUCAAGUGCUUCCAAAAGAGUUGCUGAAGACCUCGACCUUUGAUCAUAGCGAUGACGACUUUUUCAAAACGACUGUGCUUCCAACCAGUUCAACAGUCCCUCGGUCUGUUCCCAAGACAACCGUGUCAGCAAAUGGGUUCAGCUCAAGUGGUUGGCUGUAUUACCGCACGUCCAAGGAAGAGCGCAUACGGUUGCGCUAUUUUAUGCAGUGGGGCUAUGAAUUGUCAAUUUUUAAACAUGAAGUGCUGGCAGAUGAGGUGACUUCAAUCCGCUACGGUGUCAUCGAUUGCCGUGCGCUAGUAGAUGUGCGCUUUGCGUACAUUAAUUCACCGGAAAAUGCCGUAGAGUUAAUUCUUGGGUCUAAGACGAGUGUGAUGAUUAUCCCUCGUACAGAUCAGGAAGCUGUUAUGUGGCGCAACUCGCUGCUCGAUGUGAAACGCGCCUAUGGCACAUUGGAGUCUGGGAAAAACAAGGAGGACGCAUUUGGCUCAGGCGUCUUCAUUAGUCGUGGCAGCACCUUCUCAACAAACAAAGAUAAUGAGGAAUUAUUACGAUCGCAGAUUGAAUCGACCGUCAUUUACUCGUCGAAUCUUCAAGAUUGGGAUGGCCGCAACUGGAUUCCAAAAUAUUUUGUAUUGACUAGCUCGCGCGUCCUCAUCAUGUCGCUUGCACUGCAUUUGUAUGACGAAGAGCCCGACAUUCUCGGAUCUUUUGCUACAAAAGAUAUUGUCGAAGUUCGUGCGUGUAAUGAGAGCGAAGAAGCCGAGACUGGCCGCUGCAAAUCUGCUUUCGUUGUAAUGUUACGGCCACGGUCAAAUGCUGCUGGCCCUGACCGCAUGGUCGUCAAAUGUGAUUCGAUCGAUCAUUGCUUGGAGUGGAUGCGACUUUUAUGCAGCAGUAAUGGCAAGCUCGAGCUAAAAAAGAAUGCGGCUACGGGCAACUGGGGCAGUGUGAACCGUAUUGCAUCACUUUCGCGUCACCAGAGCUUUCUGGCGACGGCGCCGCUGUCAGCAGCCAUCGCCGCUGCCAAUUCAACCUCUGGAACAUCAAAUCAUGCGCGCAGAAUGACACGACAGGAUGCAGCACGAAAGCGCACAUCUGAGCUCAUUAUGAAUCGCAAGAGCAUGAUGGGAAUGUGA